AUGAGGUCACAGGAGGAGGCGUCUUCCUUCAGGAGGUUUUUUCAGUACGUGGAGGACAGCAGUCUGCGAACGUACGACAGCCUGGUGAUCCAAAACGCCUCUGACAUCGCCAGAGAGAGCGAUCGCAUUCGCAACCAGAAUAACUGGACAUACCUUCAGGAAAAACACCAGAAGAAGAGACGUCAGGAAGAAGCCAUCAAGAGGAUUGGUGAAGAUGUAGCCAUGGCAACAGAUGGGGCUGGAAAACAUUUCAGAAUGGGUUCUAUGACGAUGCCGGUGCCACAGGACCGUCUACCGCCCCCCAGUCGGGGUUUCAGCAUUCGAUCCCAGUCCCUCCACUCGGUGGGCGGAGAUGACGACUCCAAUCCCAACCGUAAACAACCCCCGCCCAAACCACGGAGAGACCCCAACACUAAACUGAGCAGCAGUUCUGAGACUGUGAACGGAGGCUCCGGAACCAUCAAGACGGACACUCAAGAGACCAAAGACACUUCGGAGCAGGCUGAAGCUCAGAGCCAGUUCUACACUGAGGACAAGAAGAUGCCUCCACCCAAACCCAAGAGGAACCCAAACACUCAGCUCAGCACGUCCUUCGAUGAAUCUUACAUCCAUAACCACGGCAACAAGAAGUCUUCCUUGCGAUGGGAUAAAUCUUCAUCCCAGAGUCAAAGUCCGGCAUCGAGAGACACGGACGACGAGGAACCGGUCUACAUCGAGAUGGUGGGCAACAUCCUGCGAGAGCUCCAAGGUCCAGAGACCGUGGAGGAUGAGCAGAGCGAGUCGGUGUACGAGGAGAUGAAGUACCCCAUGACGGAGGACUUCCUGCAGGAUGCUCAGUCCACCGUGAUGGACCCUGAAGCCUGGAUGUCCCGUGGCUCUCUCUGCGACAUCCCUCCACCGUUCCCCAACCUCCUGACGCACCGCCCGCCGCUGCUCGUCUUCCCCCCCCUCCCCGCUCAGUGCUCUCCCAAUUCUGACGAGUCCCCGCUGACCCCUUUAGAGGUCACACAACUGUCCAUGAUGGACAAUGCCUCUUACAGCAAGUCAGGUGGUGUCGAACAUCCUCAGGGCUCCACCCACCACCGCAAGGACCGGGACCAGGACCGAGACCGGGACCUGGCCUCCACACACACCAUCACCUUCUCUGGCCGCUCAUCAGCUCCGCCUCUCCCCUCCAACCUCUACAAGUCCUCUGGCUCUGCCAACAGUGGCCAUGCUUACCCCCGCAGCCAAUCAGCAUGUCCUUCUCCUGUCAGCAUGGGUCGCUCCCUGACUCCUCUGAGUCUGAAGAGACCUCCGCCAUAUGACGCUCUGAUGGCAGGAGGAAGUAUGCCCCGCUCUUCCUCUUCCUCAUCUUCACACAGGGCCAGGGAGGGUGGGGUUAAACUUAGUAACUCCUCCUCCACCCAUGGCUCCAUGCAGAAUGUGUCGAUGAGGUCACGGACACCCACGAGCCCAUUGGAUGAACUCAACAACCUGUUUACCUCGGGUAGACAGGUGAUGAAGAAAGUGACGGCAGACAGGAAGAGCCGAGGGAGCGGAGGGGACUCCAGGUCUCUGCCUAGACACGGCAGUAGAAACCGAGACGGGCAGUCCAGUCCAGUCUCAAGCAGGAUGGGGAGGUCAUCGGUCAGCCCCACCAUGAUGCUGUCUGGAGGAGGAGGAGGAGAAGCGAAGCUGCCUUGUAAACUUGGUCGUUCAGCGUCUACUUCAGGAGUUCCUUCACCAGGUGGGACAACACAGCAUCACCUGUAUGAGCCACAUCACCCGGCCCUCAGCCAGGUAUGA